AAGAUGCUGAACUCACUCCUCUUUUACGCGUUGGAGCCGGAGCAUGUGCUGGAAUCAUUGCCAUGUCAGCGACUUACCCAAUGGACUUGGUACGAGGGCGGCUUACUGUCCAGACCGAGGCGUCUCCUCGCCAAUAUAGAGGAAUCUCUCACGCUCUUUCAUCAGUUUUCCAUGAAGAAGGCCCUCGUGCUUUAUACAAAGGAUGGCUUCCUUCAGUAAUAGGAGUUAUACCGUAUGUGGGUCUGAACUUUUCUGUAUAUGAAUCUUUAAAAGACUGGUUGAUCAAAACUAGACCAUUUGGACUAGUUGAAGACUCCGAGUUGAGUGUUACAACAAAGCUUGCAUGUGGGGCUGCUGCUGGAACUGUUGGCCAGACAGUUGCUUAUCCUCUUGAUGUUAUACGUCGAAGGAUGCAGAUGGUGGGCUGGAAAGAUGCUGCUUCACUUGUCACUGGUGACGGGAAGAGCAAGGCCCCACUUGAGUAUUCUGGUAUGGUCGAUGCAUUCAGAAAAACAGUACGGCAUGAGGGUUUUCGAGCUUUGUACAAGGGUUUGGUCCCCAAUUCAGUGAAGGUGGUCCCCUCCAUAGCAAUUGCAUUUGUGACAUAUGAGGCGGUAAAGGACGUUCUUGGAGUUGAGAUGAAGAUAUCAGACUGACAACACAUGAAAGUUCAGGAAUUGGUUGAACUUAUGUACUAAAUUUUGCAAGAAAAAAGGAAUGGAGAAGGUAAAUUAAGGGAACUAUUUGUAUUUUUUUAUUUUUUCAGAUUGUGAGGAAAUUUAGAAACCAAUUUAUAGCCCAUGUUGAUACUGUCCUCCACAUUUUUUACCAAUCUCCCCUUGAUUUUAGCUUUUUCAUUCAUAUGCAUCUAUAGAAGGAUGCACUAGAUGCCCUCUAUUAGCUUUCAGUGUUAUUUCUGUAACUGGUUAUUACAUGGAGAGAAUUAUUUGUAUGACUGGUUAUUUAAUAGAAAUCAGUAAUUUGGUGCAUA